UAAUAAUAACCUUAUAGGCCGCCCGUCAUCCAUAGCCAUAUAAAUAUAUGAAGACUCGCAUCCUGUCUUCGUAGCAAAUCUUAUUCUUUUAACAUAUCACCGCCAAAAUGUCCGAAAAGACCAAAUCUGCGUUCUUCGACUCACCCGAAGCCUCACCCGCUGCACCGCCACCAUUCAGCCAGGCGGUGUCAGACGCUGGCCCAUCAACUUUCCAGAGUCGCUUUGCAUCAAUCACACGACAUGGCCUUGAUCGCAUCAGACUGGUCAACCUCUCAGAGGUGGAAAUAGCGGCUAUGCACGAAAUUGUGAGGACAUAUUGGGAACGUGGGAUUGACAAGGUCUACCCGCAAGAAUCGUCGCGGGAGUUCAAGCUAGGAGGCUAUGCAUGGGGAUACGACCCGAAUGGCAACGAGCAAGCGAUGAUGUUGACGCUUCGUAUACUGGAGGGCAUGCAUGGUUUGGCUUGGGUGAUGUAUUCGCCUAUUGAGGUGACGAAGAGAGUUUCGACGAAAGAUGCACUCAUAUUCCGUAAAGUGAAAAACAUCCCUCCUCCCUGCGAAUGGCUAAAUGUGUCGUUCCACGGCGGAGACAAACUGAAGAUUCUCAACUUCCCGCCUACAGAUCUUGUCAACGAUAUCAUGGCGACUUUCAUGACUGACAUACAACGACAUGAGGUCACGCCAGACCGCGCCAAGAUUAAGUUCAAGGGAUACCCAUGGAGACCGCUGGAAUCUGACGGAGUUGAGACACAACUGAAGUUGCUGGCGUUGCUCGAAAUCUUUGAGCGCCACGGUUUCACGUUGUAUACGAGGACGAGCGCGAGAUUCGCCGAUGAGACAAGUGAGUCAAAUGUGUUGGUGUUUCAAAGGCGAAAGGACUGGGUGGCGGGGAAAUCUCUAUACGAUCAACUCUGAUCUUUGGCAUGAACUAGAGAUUGUUCGUGUUCACUUUUGUUCAAAAUUCAUGACCUGUAAUGAUCCUUCAUAAUUUCUUUUAUACAACUAUAGACUACCAUUCCCCCAUUUAACGAUACGCAUUAGGUCGAUAUACAUCGAGUCUUUAGGAAACUCAAGCAAAUUCCUUGUUCCUCUUCACAGCCAAGAAUGUCAAACUCCACAACUGCCUAACAUUACUCUCCGUCCCAGAGCUGAGUCCCGGCGGA